AUCGUUUUUUAUAAUUGGUCCUAUUUAUCACUACUGAACAAAGGGAAGAGAACGGCAAAACGCAACUCCUGUUCGCGUCUUCGUCCGUCGUUUGUGUAAUUUUAGAUUUCCAGUGACGGCGAAAGGAGGCCACUCUUGCCCCGCUUUCACUUCUUCCUCAGCUAUCUUGGCUGCAAUUGUUGCUCGGAUUCUGGAGAUGGGGUUCGCCGAGCUUCUGAAUUCGAUUGACUGGGAACAUGAAUCGUAUCCAGCUUACGAAGAUUAUAUUGUUCUUCCGCUUUUUGCUUUCUUCUUCCCCACUGUCCGGUUCUUCCUAGACAGAUUCGUAUUCGAGAAAGUGGGGAACAGAUUGAUAUUUGGAAAGGGAUAUCAGAUUGUGGAGGAUGAUUCAGCAGACAGAAAGAAGAAGAUAAGAAAAUUCAAAGAAUCAGCAUGGAAAUGCAUCUACUUCCUUUCAGCUGAGAUUUUAGCUUUAUCUGUCACUUAUAAUGAGCCUUGGUUUACAAACACAAAAAACUUUUGGGUGGGACCAGGAAAUCAAGUCUGGCCAGAUCAACAAAUGAAGUUAAAGUUGAAAGGAUUAUACAUGUACACUGCUGGAUUUUAUACAUACUCAAUAUUUGCUCUCAUAUUUUGGGAGACAAGGCGUUCUGACUUUGGGGUCUCCAUGAGCCAUCAUGUUGCUACCGUCAUUCUCAUUAUUCUAUCCUACAUAUUUAGAUUUGGUCGUGUGGGCUCAGUUGUCUUAGCUCUUCAUGACGCUAGUGAUGUAUUCCUGGAGGUAGGAAAAAUGUCCAAGUAUAGUGGUGCUGAAGGCAUAGCAAGCUUUGCAUUUAUUCUUUUCGUAUUAUCGUGGAUCUUGCUACGGCUCAUCUACUAUCCAUUUUGGGUCCUCUGGAGUACAAGCUAUGAAGUUGUCUUGACGUUGGACAAGAAGAGGCAUGACUGGGAGGGUCCGAUCUAUUAUUAUGUGUUUAAUUCUCUUCUAUACUGCUUGCUUGUGCUUCACAUAUAUUGGUGGGUCUUGAUCUACCGGAUGCUGGUCAGGCAAAUCCAAGCAAGGGGACAACUAAGUGACGAUGUUCGGUCUGAUUCUGAGGGUGAAGGUGAACAUGAAGAUUGACUGAACUUAAAAUGCAGUACCCAGAACAGACAUGAAGGUACUCUUAGAUCUGAAAACCAGAAAAAAUGGUCCAACUUCUUGUCACAUUUAUGCAAUGUCUCUUUUUUUUAGUUCCUUACAACGGCUUGGAAAUACCUCCAAGAAACAUGAUCGUAUAGGCAAUUGGUCAGUUUCUCUUAUUGCUUAGAAUGCGACUGUUCCUGAGAUUCUCAAACCCAUUCCUUGCCUUCCUACAUAUUGACAGGUGUUCGAUUUGGGGGGUUUCAUGUAAUGAAAUGUGAUUCAAGGAGAUAACCCUUCGCAAUUAGAAGGGAUUGUAUAUGGGAGUUGACGCAGAUUGCUGAAGGAGAUGAAUACUAGCAAUAGAAGAGUAGUGGGGAAAUCCAUUCUCCAGUAGCUCUGACGGUCAAUGAUUUGUUGUAUGAAAGGUUUUUUUUUUGUUUUCCUUUUAGUUUGUUCCUGUGUAGUAGGACUGACACUGAGAUUAAGAUACUACAUUUGUAAGAUAUGAUCCCAGCGGCCAAUUUGUGGAGCUUAUUCUUUCGAAUUAUCUUCCUUUCCUUUUUUGUUUUGUCCCCAUUUUUCUGUCCUCUUUAUCAUCAUAAGUACGGAAACCAGAGCAUUCCGUUUCUCGGAUCUCACAUGUUGUGUCAUAUUCGAGAGUUUUGGUUAUGAACUGAUGAUGAUGGUGUUGAUGAGUCAGUUUUAUCAUACAUUGGCGAUAUUUGGGCA